AUGGAUGGUCUCUUGACGGCUGCUUUCGUAAACUCGCUGGUGCAAGCAUUCUUUGUUUACGCAGGCUCUUUCACAGGGAACAAGCUGCUUGCCCUUGGUGGAAACAGUGGCAACCCGUUGUUUGACUGGUUCAUUGGUCGCGAGCUCAAUCCGCGAAUCGGAAAAUUCGAUAUCAAGACUUUCAAUGAACUUCGCCCUGGUCUGCUACUCUGGGUGUUUUUGGAUCUGAGUUAUGGCUUCGGAUUUAUGCUGAGUGUGGGCGACUUGGCAUGGUUACCUUUUACCUACAGUUUACAAGCGCGUUAUCUUGCAUUUUCGCCGGUCAAGCUGGGAUGGAUGGGCAUAGUUGCUGUCCUGGCCGUGCAGUCCGUGGGCUACUAUAUCUUCCGCACAUCUAAUGUCGAAAAGAAUGAUUUCCGACAUGGCAAGAACCCGAAAAGUACGUCAGAAAUUCCUUACUUCCAAGACCUGCAGUAUAUGACAACCUCGACAGGUAGUAAGCUGCUCGUGUCUGGCUGGUGGGGCCGCAGCCGUCACCCCAAUUACCUGGGCGAUUGGAUCAUGGCAUGGGCAUGGUGUCUUCCAUGCGGUUUUAGCACACCCAUCCCUUACUUCUAUGUCGUGUAUUUUGCAGUCCUGCUGGUGCACCGCCAGCUACGCGAUGAUGAUGCAUGCAAGAAGAAAUAUGGAUCCGAGUACGUCACUGCCAAAGAGCAAGUACUGACCACAUCUACUACAGCUGGGACACUUACAUCCGUCUAA